CUCUUAUUUUGUUUGAAAAGUUAAGAAUUAAGUAUCUAGUUUCACACAUUAGUUUACUGAAGUUUUGUUCACCAGGACCCAAAGUAAUAAUCGUAUUUGUAUCUGGAAAACUAAUCCCUGUUGUCCACCAACACUUACGUAAGUUUAACUGUUAGCUUGUCUGUGCCCAGCACCAGUCCGCUGUUAAUUGCUGCCAUUUGCUUUCCAUACAAGCUGGUAGUUUAGCUAAUUAUCGGCAGUAAAUGGAGUCUAAGCAACUUUUGCAAAAACAAAUUUCAAACUUUUAUCCAGCGCCUUUCUACUUCCUGAGCUUGAGAUUUCUGUUCAGACACUGGAAACUGGAACUGGAAACUGCACGUGACAUUUGUUUGAACCUGAACUCUCGGCUCUAUUUUCUCAAUACCUAUCUGUCAAAAGUUGGACAAGAAGGUAGCCACAUUAAAAAACUCCGACCUCUUUCAAAUACUUUCCUGUUUAUAUAGCUCAUUCUGCCCUCCAGCGUGGCUAACCGCGUUUCGUCUAUGUACACAAAACAAAACCCAGAGAAUAAUUCUUCCUGCUCCUGAACCCGGUUCCUCUGCCAUAAAAUACCCCCCCCCACACACACACACACCGCUUCCAGCUCAUUCAUUCCUGGCCGUCUCUCACUCGCCACUCGUCUUUUUUUCCACAGACCCUGCUCUCUUUGUUUCGUCUUUUACGACCGCUUUCGAUCUAUCCCCUUUCGUUCGUUGUAAUUGUUCGGCCCAGUGUAUGGAGAAUCCAGACGUAAUUGUUGUCAGAUGACAGAAAGGCUUGUCGAGGCGAGGUUCAGCGCCUCAUUGGGGUGGAGGGGAGGAUGAUUUGGGUAUUGGAGGAGGGAGCGUAGGAAAACACGGAGAGAAACAGACUGAAUGUCUAAGGGGAAAUGUGAGGGGAGGAAGAAAAAAAAAGUUACAGGUUGCCAUGCCAACAGCACAAGCAGAAAAAUAAACAGCGAGGUCCUCGUGCUUCGCCGGAGCCGUGUUCUCAGAUGCACGCGCAUCUGCAUCUGUCGGGGGAGUUUGCACUUUGUUUUGAACUAAGGGCAGAAGAGGGGGGGGCGUGGAAGGGGAGGGGGGUCACUGGCCGGCAGGGGAAAUGUUUGACACUCCCCAGAUCUUACAACAGGAAGCUGAAAGCGGCGUAUCUGUGUAUAUUAAUAUGUGUGGGUGUCAGCAUCGAGGGAGAGGAGCCGGCUGUUCAGCAGGACUCAAACCCAGACGGUUCGGAGGCAAUGGAGGACUGCGUGCAGGGGGCGCUCUCGUCACUUUAUCCGCCGUUCGAGAGCACGGCGCCACCCCUCCUCUCUCAGGUCUUCUCGGUCCUGGAGUCAACCUAUCAACACGACAGCCUACGCUACCUCCUGGACUAUUUCGUACCUGCCAAGCAUCUCCUGCACAAGCUUCAGCAGCAUGCCUGUUCUCAGUAUUUGGGAUGCUUGUUCCUUCACUCCGGCUGGCCCCUCUGCCUGGGAGAGAAAGUGGUUGUCCAGCUCUCCACCUUGGACUGGAGGCUCCUGCGCAGUAAUGACUUCUACCUGCAGGUGGUACCCUUUUCUACUCGCUGCCCACGACUGGCCCUAAAAUGUCUGGCACCAGGGGGUCGUACUGUGCAAGAAAUCUUGGUGCCCGAGUCACAGCAUCCCCUGGUGUUCACCUCCGAGUGGCUCCACAGCAUCAACAAAGAACGGGGUCACAAGAGAGAAGUUGGAGGGGGACUCGACACCUGUCUGGUCAGCACAUGUGAUGGCGUGGUAAGAGUGCCGUGGAAGGAAAUAGUCUACCCAAAGUUCCUCCAUGACCCUUCUGAGGAGCUUGGCCUGGGUUCCAACCGCCUUUCCAGUGAGGGGGGCAGCAGCCUCGGAGGGUGGGGUGGCUCCUCCUCAGGAGACAUGGACUCCUGGUCCUGGGACGAUGAAGAUGAUGACAGUCUACCACCAAACUGCAUGGGCUCGGACCCUGCCAUCAGACGGCGGCGCAGUGAAGACGGCCUUGGGCGGACUGCGAGGCAGCCUCAGAUGGAUGGGGAUUAUGUGGAGCUUUUGGAGCCCAGAGGAGGACCUGAUGGAGGGGUUGAUACCAAACAGAGGUACUUGGAGAUGCACGGGAUUUGUAAGACCAGAACUUUGCCCUUAUGCAGGAGAGGUAAGGCCAUCAAACUUCGCAAAGGAAAAGCUUGGGGUUAUGCAAAACCUGAAAGAUCGGGAAGCUUUCGGGGUGCCUAUAGUACCAAGGAGAAGGAGGCAAAUCCAAAGGAUGUCUUGCUACCGCCAAAGCCUCCAACAACGGUUUCAGGAUCUGCCAGAGUAAGACCGUCUUACUCCUCCUCUGCUCAUGACUCAGAUGAAGGAGAUAAAACAAGCAGGGAUAACAAUAGCUUGGAAAGCCACAGCCAUUAUUUUGAUGUUCCACUGAAAGAAAGGAGACCUGGUGUGGGCAAGGAAAGAGACAGCAACGGGUUCCCACAACCGUCCCGAGAUGGACACCAAAAUAAAGACUCCCAGAGAAGCGACAGCUUAAUAGCAAACGAAAUCUACGACUUAAGCCAUAAAAGUGGCCAUGACGUUGAGGGCCAAUCGGAUCAUGGCUCACAUUCAGACUCUGUGUUUGAGGAUGCAGAUAAACCACUGAGUGGAGACACCGACGCUGUUACGCCAACAUCGGACGCACCAGAGAGGCUAUUUACUGGAGUCUCUGGAAGCAAAGAACCAGCCAAUGUUCAGUCUAAGACAAGGAACUCAUCGAAGCCGAAGAUUCCAGAUGAAAGGACUGAAGGGCAGACAGAGGACAGAGUGUGUCCCAGAGGAAAAGAAGUUAAAACAGCCGGAUUCAGAGCUCCACGGAGGAAACGGAAGGGAAAGGGCGCCAAAGGAAAGGCUAGGUCUGGUGGCAAAAACCAAAAAGGCACAAAACUACAGGGUAAAAGUCCUCUGCCAAGUCCCACAGCCCACUCUGCAACUACAAAGCUGCUAAUCCCAGAGGAAAGGAAGGCAGAGGAAACAGAAAAGAUUGGUAAACCUGAUGGAGUGCCCACAAUUGACACUAAAGGGAAAGAAAACACAAGGAACGGCAGUGGAGCUGACACAGAAGAUGGAUCGUUGCCUGUUUGCAAUGGUCAGUCAAGCACAUCUUCAUUUAACCACUUGACUGUGGAGGCUGGAUCACCGGAGACGUGUCCUGACCAGAUAAAUGGUGUUACCUCUAAAGAGCCGGCACUUUUAAGGGAACUGGAUACAGAAUUACUUCAGUCAGGGAAGCUGCAGCUGACAGGUACAGUGGACAGAUUGGGGCGAGCUCUGGUUUUCACAGAUGCAGGUGCGUCUGAGGAGGGGUUCUGCUCGGAGGAGGUGGCGCGGGUUCUUUCCUGUUACCACCGGAUCACUCGGCCCGAAGCCAAAGAAAAGGGACUAACUGUGCUAAUAGACAGCAGAUGCUCCCAACCAUCUAGUCUUUGCCUUUCUGCUCUUAAACGGUUCCAGGUCUUGGUUCCUGGCGGUCUAGGGUCCGUGUUGGUCCUGAUGGAGGAGCAGCAGGAGUCCCUUUCCUUAGCUCUAGAUGGGACAGAGACCCACAUUGUGCGCGGUACAGGAGUCCUUCAGCAAUAUGUAGACAGUCAGCAGCUCCCUAAACAGCUGGACGGAGACUUCAGUCACACUCACUCAGACUGGCUGACAUUCAGACUGAGGUUGGAGAAACUGACAGAGCGUUGUGAGAGCGCCCUCUCUCUGCUCGGAGAAGCCCUGCAGUCCAUGGAGAUGGAGGAGAUGCCGAAUGACAUCAAGGCUGUCCCUGAGAGCAUUGACAAACACAGGCAGCUCAUGGCGAGUGUGCUGGCUGACCAACGCUUAACUGAACUGCAGCAGAGGGGCGGAGCCUGGCUAGCGGGACUGACUAACUGUUCGUCCGGACUGGCGCAGAGGUCACCUGACUGCAGGGCUGCUCUCAAUGCCACUUCGCAACUCUACGACGGCGUGGACGAUGCCCUCCAUCGGCUCGUCCAGGUUUCCAACCGGCGAGGUCGUGACCUGGAAGCACUGGGACGACUGGCAGGAAUGGUGGACAAACUGGAAAAGUGUGACAAGGAGAUUGAGCAAGUACAGUCCCAGCUGGAGGAAUACAAGGACCCUCCUCUGUCUCUCAGCAGGCUGUCGCUGAAGCAGCAGAAGUUCAGAACGUUCAGAGAAACGGCCAACGAGCUGCACAGCGACACUCUGUCGGUGCUCAGCGAUCUGGAGGGCUGGUGCGAGCUGAACUGGGCCGGCCUCAGCGACAUCCAGAUCCGACUCCCCCCAGUGAGGGAGAAGCUGAGAGACAUGUCCCACUGUCUGUCCGACUGCUGGACUACUCUGGACAACACCCAGAGGCUGCUGUCCACACUGACAGAGGCGACCCAGUGGUGCGAUGCGGUCUCUUCCACCCCUUCCUCCCCCACUGCCUCCUCUUCCACCUGCCCGCUGGCGUCCCUUCCUCCGAUCCCCCCGUCUCGCUUCCAGGACGCACGGUCCUUAGCCAUGGAGCUGGGAGGCGGGGCCCUGCUGGACCUCUGGACCCAGACAGUGGAGCGCUACCAGCGGACCGUGGCACAGGUCAAACCUCGUUUCCUCCACUCCGAGCGGACGCAGAGCCACGGCCAGGGGAAGGCCAAGACGCCGUCCGGCAGCACCUUCUGGGACCUGGUGGGGCCCGACGGGGAGGGCGACUGGGGACUCGGAGGAGGGGACGGGGGCCUGCAGUCCUGGGGGUCCCUGGCGUCUCUGUUCAGGCCUCAGACCUGCUCCACUCUGAAGAUAGGAGAGGACAAAGGGAACCGGAGGGACGGGUCAGCGGGGAACGGAGGUGGAGCAGGAGGAGCCGGUGGAGGGAAGUUUCUGCAGAACCUUCUGAAUCCUGGGAAGAAAAGUCCCCCAGAUGCCCCGCUCCCUCCCAAGCCUCCCAGGAAGCGCCACCCCAGCUUUGACCUCCAGGCUCUCCUGGCCCCCCGCAAAGGCACCGCCACCCCCAAGCCGGAGUCCCCCGUCGGCGGGGCGAGCCGCUCCUCACCCAUGUCUUGGCUGGGGCGAAAGAACAUGGCGGACCCCGUCAUCGCCACCAGCAUGGCGGCAGCUAUUCCCGGGUGGGGCGUCGGAGUAGCAGGCGGAGGUGGAGGUGGUGUGCUGAUCCGAGGUGUAGAGGUCAGCAGCAAAGAAGUGGUGGAUCACACAGGGUCGCCGCGGCAACACGUCCUGCUCGGGAGGACGGAGAGGGACAUGGGAGCAGACAGGACCGGGUCAACUGCACAGAGUAAACUGUACCUGCUCUGGUGCAGGAUGCUGAGCUCAGAGCGGCAGUACGUCGCCGUCCUGAAGGGAGUUGAAGAGACCUACCUGCCCCUGCUGGAGCUCUCCGACACCCCGGCCUCCAUCAGGGGGAAGGGAGACACGCUCUUCCCCAACUGGGGCAGCCUCACUGCCUUUCACUCGCGGGACCUGCUCCCUGCCAUGGAGGGCGCUCUUGUGCAGAGUUUGUUGCAACAGGACUGCUUCAGCAAAUAUAGGGAGGAAUUUCUCCAGUAUUCCCACUACAUCCGCUCUAAACCAGAAAUGGAUUCUCCUCUGGUCACACAGGCAGCUGACUUCUUUAAGUCCAAACUCCCCCAGGCGUCCCCCCUGUCCCCUCUGUCUUUCCCUUACUGCCUGCAGGCUCCCAUUCAGAGGCUGGAGCAGUACUGCGAGGCCCUGGAGGAGCUGGGGGGUUUAAAUCUGGCCUCAGACUCCGCCCUCUCCGUCCUGAGACACGCCCAGCGGCACGGCGAGGACCUCAGGGCCAGUGACCUCAUCGUCGGCUGUCCGAUCUCAGUGGCAGAACGCGGUGACCUGGUGCGGCAGGGUGAGCUCACCGUGUGCGGGGGACCUCGGAGGAAGCGGGCGGGUGUCAGGAAUGUCUUCCUCUACCAGCACACCAUCAUCUUCACCAAGCAGAAGAGCCCGAGUCCAGGUCGCACCGUCUACAACUACAAGCACAGCAUCAAGAUGAGUGAAAUGGGUCUAACUCAGAAUGUCGGUGAUGAGGGAGUGAAGUUUGAAGUCUGGGUCCGACAGGCACCCAGGACCAGAGACUGUAUCACCCUUCAGGCCCAGAAUAGAGCAGGAAGGGAGUCCUGGGCUCAUGACAUAGCCCAUCUGCUGUGGACACACGCCAUAAACAAUACAGAGCUGUGUCUGAAGGAGUCGCUGUGCAUGGGAGUUUCCAGUAAGCUUCUGCUGGACGCUACAGGAACUCCGGGAUCAGAGCUGGACUCCAUCUGCAGUCUUAGCGACAGAGUCCACAGUAGCUGCUCAGACUCGUCCUCUGUGGGCAGCCAGAAGGAGGGGGGAUCCCCGGCGUCUGGGAGGGACCCCAGGUCAAGCUCCGGAUCAACAAGCUAUUCACAGAGUCAUUCUCCCUCCACAGCUGUGUGACUGUCAUCUGAACAAGAGAGCAGAAACUGCACUCGGGACUCUUCGUGGCUCCCGUCAUCUCUGCCUCGACUCAAAACUGGACUUCACCGACUUCCAUCCGAACUUCUCUCGUGCCCUUCAACCUCCUGCGAGAGUGCAAACGACGCCGGGGGGUGGAGGGAUCAGGCGCAGCUGCACCACUCCGCAUCCAAACAGGAUCAAAAACUCGCCCCCCCCUUGUUUUAAACCGUGACAAGCGCCGGUGGGGGGGUGAUGAGGGGGGGGGGUGGCUCUCCGGCGCUCCGCCAUUUUGGGUCUGCCAGUCUCAGCUGCUGGCAGAGUCAUCGACACCGACGGCACUUCAAGCUUGCACAGUGCGGCCAUUGUCUGCCCCGCAACUCCCCACUAGGCCAAACCACUUGGUCUGAACCACUGACUGGCCGACUCUACACAUCACAUGCUCCGGCAUCUGAUACUAAACAGGAAGUAAUAUGCUGGGUGUAAAUGUGGCGUGGGAUUACAGAUUUAGGAUGUAUUAUGUACUUUAUCACCCUCAUAACGCUGAAUGGAGACUGUACGCUUUUUUUUUUUUAUCUGCCCUGUGUUUUAUUUGUGUGUGUGUGUGUGUGUGUGUGUGUGUGUGUGGCUCGGGUUAGGUGGGAUUGGAUCUAUGUAAAUGAGGUAACAAGCACACUCGCACAGACACACACAAUGUCCCCCCGACACAUGCAGUCACUCUUAUUGUUAUCAGACAGUGGAGCACUGUUCACAUUCACAUGCUCUCCCCCACCCCCCCUCCAGCUCCCUCUCAUACACACACACACACACAUUGCCCAGCUUAGAGCCUGGUACAGUGACUAAAUGAGGCGAGCUCACAUCUGAACACGUACAGAUGAUGAAGAAGAGAAGUGGUUUGCAGUUUCAAAACUGUUGGGAGUGUGUAAGCAAAUUAUAUGGCUUUUUAUGAACAGUACUAAGAAACUAAAGUAAUAACGGUAUUUAGUCGUUCUUGAAGUGUAAGUAAUGGUGCUGUAAACUUUUCAUCCCCCCUUACAGUUUUUUCUUUUGCAUCGCACUUCAAUAUUUCAGAUCAAACAAGUCAAGUUUACUUUUCAGAGCACAUUUCAGCAACAAGGCAGUUAAGGCUGUUAAGAUAUAAUCGAUUAUAAAACAAGCAAUAAAUAUUACAUUUUGUCAAAAAAAAAAAAAGAAACCAUCAUCAAACAAAUACCAAUGUUUUUAGCCUUCAUUUAAAGGAACUCAGUGUUUCGGCAGUUUUGUGGUUUUCUGGAAGUUUGUUCCAAAAGGGGUUUGUCCCGUUAGAUUAUGUGCUAAUAGUAGCACAUAAAUUUAACCCUUAUGUUUCUGUCCAAGUGUCACACAUUUUUGAGGAAACCUUUUAAAUGUCGCAAAAAAGAAGAAAAUGCAAAUUAGUUAUGCAUUCAUCUUCUGGCUUGGAACAAAUCAACCAGGCUAUAUACAGCGUAAUGUCGUCAGGUGUUCAGGUUACACAUAACUAGCAGUAAGGCAGUAGAGGUUGGAAGCUAGCAUGGACCGCACAUCUCAGAAAAAUGGAGAGGUUUUCAGGAAUGCGUAGCUAUUGAGUUGUAGUUGUUCCGUCAUGUCAAGUCAUACUGGCGAUGUUACCGCCUGUAAGGAGACAUAGAGAAAGAAAAUUCUAACACGCACCGACAGCGGAAACAGCUAAUUGGUCAAGUGAGGUACAAGUUUGCUACAUCGUAACUUUUUAGGCAAAUGUGCUGCCAUCUGCCCUUUAUUUUGACAGCCAAAAACCAACACAAGCAAGUGAAGUAACUUUGUUUUUUUUUUGCAAAAUCGAAAACACUACUGUAAAUUUUGCUGUUUCCAUCAACCUUUUCUACUUCUAAAGUAUACAAUACUUCAAAAUGCACUCUGGAAAACUUUGAUAGAAACACAAUUUAUGAAGCACAUCUGCGAGUCCAACUCUGGAUGAUACAAAAAAAAGUUUUGGAACAUCUAAUGUGACAAAAUCAAAACUAUUUUGCCUCCAAGGGUAGGAUGGCUGUUUUUUUUUGUUUCUUAAACACUUUUUUUGUGUAAUUAGGCGGGGUUAUCUUUAUUAAUGGGUACAAACAUGUUUGAUAAUCUGAAACAUUUAAGUAAGAAGCAAGAACAAAAGAUUACCUGUAAGGGGGCAAAUGCUUUUUCGCAGCAUUGUUUAUCAUCAACGUCUUGGUGCCUGCACUGAAGAAUCUCCUUCAGUGUACUGAAACUGAAUUUUACUGCUUUUGUUGUUAGACGCCAUAUUCUGUUUGCCAAAGGUAUGAAUGGGUGUCAGUGCAAUGUUUACUUGUGUUUUAAACAUUAUUGACUAGUUUUGUUUUUCCACAAACUGUCUGCACUCUCCAUAAAAUGGAGGAAAGUGGAUCAUUACGUUUGCUUUAUUCUCCGUUUACGAGUUUCAUUCUUUAGGCUAGUAGACAUGGACGACAUCUGAUCAUUUUUUUAAGGAGCAAUAUAACAAAUUUAAUGACAGUAUUAUGUUUGAAGAAAGAUGUGUAAAAUCUUCA